UUGAUUUUAUAUGUCACUGAAGACACAAACAAAGAGAGGCACAUUUUAUUUAUACAGAAAAAAGUGAAUAGGAUCCAUAUGAGUGGUGGAUGGUUGAAGCACUAGCUAACUGCACAAAAAGAGAUCUUUUUACAUAUCUCAAAUAACCUCAUGUCAGGAUUUAUUUUAAAAAUUACCCAUCAGUGAUUAUAGUGCUGAAAGAGAUAACGAACCCUGCUAUGUUAUGACUGAAGAGUUUAAGUGGAGGGGUUGGGGUGGGAUGUAUAACAACUUUCUUUGAGUUAACUGACCUGCCCUAUCAUUGCUAUCUCUGUAGAUGUGUUUGAAACAAACAUGUUCAAGGAAAAUCGUUCUGCAUUUUCUGGCUUCACUCUCCUGGGAUACUCCGAGCUUCCUAAUCUGCAAGGUUUUCUCUUUAUGUUGUUCUUGUCUAUCUAUGGAGGCAUCAUAUUAGGAAAUGGAAUGAUUAUUUAUGUUACAGUAACUGAUCCUGCCUUGGAUACUCCCAUGUAUUUCUUUUUGAAGAGUCUCUCCUUUCUGGAGAUUUGCUAUACCUCAGUCACUAUCCCAAAGAUACUUGUCAAUUUGGUAGUAGAAGACCAGACCAUAUCAUUUAUUGGUUGUGCUGUCCAGAUGUACUUUAUGCUCUUACUAGGAGGUACUGAAUGUUUGCUUCUGGCUGCCAUGGCUUAUGACCGCUAUGUGGCUAUAUGUCACCCCUUGCACUAUAAAGUCAUAAUGAACAGGAAACUGUGUUUAGGAUUCCUUUUUCUGUCACUGGCUAUCAAUGUACCUAUGCAUGUAGGACAGGUAUACUUUCUGUUUACCUUGCCCUUCUGUGAUUCCCAUGAAAUCGACAAUUUGUUCUGUGAUAUCCCCCCUCUGCUUGAUUUGGCUUGUGCAGAUAUCCAUAAAAGUCAGUUAUUUGUGUUUGCGGCUGCUGCACUAUUCCUAGUCAUUCCCUUUUGCCUUAUAUUUUCAUCAUAUGUUAAAAUUAUCUCUGCUAUUCUGAAAAUGCCUUCUGUUAAUGGUCGGAAGAAAGUUUUUUCCACUUGUUCCUCACACCUCACAGUAAUAUCUCUUUUCUAUGGCUCUGCAAUUAUUGUUUAUUUGAGUCCUAGGUCAAAUGAGAUAACGGAGAUUAACAAAUUGGUUUCUUUGUUCUAUAUAAUUCUAGUGCCUAUGUUCAACCCAGUCAUAUAUAGUCUGAGAAACAAAGAAGUAAAAGUAUCAUUAGGCAAGCUGUUGUCAGGCCUUGGAAGAUCUUAGAUACAAAAGCAAGCUCACAAAGGUAACUCCUUGGAAACAGCUUUAUUGAGCCUUCUUACCAAGUAGAAUAGAAAGCUAGUUCUGACUAAAUCCCACCAAAACGGUAGUACAGUAGAGUCUCACUUAUCCAACACUAGCUUAUCCAACAUUCUGGAUUAUCCAACGCAUUUUUGUAGUCAAUGUUUUCAAUACAUCGUGAUAUUUUGGUGCUAAAUUCGUAAAUACAGUAAUUUCUAC